AUGGCGUCCAAGUCCUUCUACGCAAUCAUCGCCGGAGCCGGUUCCGGAACAGGUCGUGCUGCGGCUGUCCGCUUCGCCAAGGCUUACCCUGUCGUGCUCCUUGCGCGCAAGCCGGAGAGCUACAACGACAUCGUCAACGAGAUUAAGCAGUCUGGCGGCCAGGCCUUCGGCAUCACGGCCGACGCGACAGAUGACGCCGCUGUCAACGCCGCCUUUGAGACCAUUAAGAAGGAGCUGCCUGGCAGCAAGCUCGCCGCCGCUAUUUACAACAUCAAUGGCGGCUUCGCUCGCAAGCCGUUCCUAGAGCUCAAGAAAGAAGAGCUUGAGGCCAGCCUUGAUGCCGCACCUAAGGGAUUCUUCACGUUCGCUCAAAAGACGCUGCCUCUGCUUCUGGAUUCGGUAGCGGACUCUCCUCACCCGCCAUCCUUGAUUAUCACAGGCGCCACGGCGUCUGUCAAGGGCUCUGCCUACUUCGGCUCCUUUGCCGCGGGCAAGUUCGCUCUGCGCGCUUUAGGCCAGUCUCUGGCUCGAGAGUUUGGUCCCAAGGGCGUACACGUAUCGCAUGCCAUCAUCGACGGAGGUAUCGACACCCCUUGGGGUAAAGGGGUUGCAUUCAACGAUGGCGUGGAGGAUGGCAAGAUUUCCCCCGAUGCCAUCGCCGAGACUUACUGGCACCUGCACACUCAACACCGGUCUGCCUUCACGCAAGAGGUUGACAUCCGACCGUACGUGGAGAAGUUCUAA